AUGGUGCCGUCGAGCCCCGGCCGGGAGAAGCUCCCAGUGCCGGGACUCGCCCGGAUCCUGGCCGGCAUUGGCAGCCGGAGCCGCGGCCGGCCUGCCGCCCGCUCCGUCCCUAUGUUCAGCUCCCGUAACAAGAGCGUCGGCCGCUCGUCUUCGGUGGCGACGCAGGUAGCCGUGGCGGCGGCAGCGGUGGGGGAGGAAGGGGAGCCUUGCUCGCCGAAGGUGACUUGCAUCGGUCAGGUUCGAAUCCGGAACAAGAAGUCGGCGUCGCAGUCCAGAACGCGUCAGCCGAAGGAUAUGGCGCCUUGUCAGUGCUUCCACAAGGCGUUGCUCUGCAGUCUUCUUCCUGCUCGGAAGAAGCCCAAGGGUGGGGGCGACGGCCGGUCGCUGUGGCGAAGGUGGGCGUCGCUGGGCGGCCGAUCGGGCAGGUACCAACGGCGGGAACCGGAUUCGCCCAAAGCACCGCCGUUGGAGUUCGUCAUAAUAAAGGCAGACGGGGAAGACGAAGAAGAGGAGCACGAGGAAGACGCACGGUUGUUCGCAGCCGCGAGGCCCCCGAAGAAUGCGCUCCUGCUGAUGAGAUGCCGCUCGGCGCCGCACAAUAGCGAGUCCUCGCUCGCCACCACCGCCCGCUACGCGGCCUCCCCCCUUCCGGAGCCCAAACCAGGCGAAGUGAGGAAGCAGAAGAAGAAGAAAAAGACCAACGAGAGGUUGAGCAGCCCGGCGGCAGCAGAGUUGGCAGAAGAUGAAGACGAGGAGGAGGAGGAGGAGGGAACAGGGUCGGAAUCACAGCGGCCACUGGUGCUGACGCGAAGCAGGUCGGAGCCGGGGAGGAGGAGGAGGAGGUCGGCGGCGUAG